GCCAAGUCCUCCAACUGCCUAGAGGGUCCGGGAAGUUCCCCGGGAAGGCGGAGAGGCGCGGACCGGCGGAGGACAGAGGGGGGCACUUCCGGCCGGUGGUGGCUGCUCGGUUUCUGCAGUUCCUGCUGCAUUAUGCAUACGAGUGUCGUGACCCCUGAGAGAGAACUGACAGCUCUGACAGCUCACCCUUCACUCACCAGAAAUCCUUUAUGCCCUGCUCUGUCUGAGGGGAGAAGCUGCCACCACCCCCAAAGAGAAGACUGGGAGCGUGAUGCUGGCCACCGCCCCUGCAGAGAGGACCUGGCACCAGCCACAUUGCUAGGGGGCCCAGGCCUAUGUGUGUUGAUGUCCAGAAGCCGAGGACAGCUGAGGCAAGAGGCUGCUGGCACUGGGGGACUGUGGCUUGUGGCGUUCUAAGGCCAGUGGAGAAGGACAGGCAGAGUGGAAGGGGAAAUGAUGCAGGAAGACCGCCCAGGACUGGCCCCAGCAUGUCCACCAGGCCCAGGCUCCCUCCACAUGGCCUCUAAGCAGGCUGCCGGGAGGGGCCCAGGGGAGAAGCGCAAGAGGGUGGUGUUGACCUUACGGGAGAAGAUUGACAUCUGCACGCGCCUAGAGCGGGGGGAAAACAGGAAGGCACUGAUGCAGGAAUACAACGUGGGCAUGUCCACCUUGUACGACAUCAAAGCCCACAAAGCCCAGCUGCUGCGCUUCUUUGCCAACUCCGACUCCAACAAGGCCCUGGAACACCGACGCACACUGCACACGCCCAAGCUGGAGCAUUUGGACCGCGUCCUGUACGAGUGGUUCCUCGUGAAGCGCGCCGAGGGUGUGCCUGUCUCGGGCCCCAUGCUCAUACAGAAGGCCAAGGACUUCUACGAGCAGAUGCAGCUCACCGAGCCCUGUGUGUUCUCUGGAGGAUGGCUUUGGCGUUUCAAGGCCAGACACGGCAUUAAGCUCGACACAUCCUGCGAGAAGCAGGUGGCUGACCACCAGGCUGCCGAGCAGUUCUGUGGCUUUUUCCGGAGCUUAAUGGCUGAGCACAGCCUGGCCCCUGAACAGGUGUAUAACGCUGACCAGACUGGCCUGUUCUGGCGCUGCUUGCCAAACCCCAGUGAGGAAGGAGGGCCUCUGCCUGGUCUGAAGCAGAGCAAAGACAGGCUGACCGUCCUGAUGUGCGCCAAUGCCACGGGUUCCCACAAGAUCAAACCACUGGUGAUUGGGAGGGGCGGCGGCCCCAGGGCAUUCAAAGUCAUCCAGGACCUGCCUGUGGCCUAUAGGGCCCAAGGAAGUGCGUGGGUGGACAAAGAAAUUUUCUUAGACUGGUUCCACCACAUCUUUGUCCCCUCAGUGAAAGAACAUUUCUUAGCACUGGGCUUAGCCGAAAACAGCAAAGGCAUUCUGCUGCUGGACAGCUCCCGGGCCCGCCCACAGGAGGCUGAGUUGGUUGCCGGCAACAUUUUCACCAUCUUCCUGCCUGCCAGCGUGGCCUCGCUCAUUCAGCCUAUGGACCAGGGCAUCCGCAGAGACUUCAUGAGGAACUUCAAUCCUCCCAUUCCGCUGCAGGGCUUCCACCCCCGGUACAGCGUGCACGACGCCGUCUUCAGUGUGGCCUGUGCCUGGGACGCAGUACCCAGCCACGUCUUCAGCCGGGCCUGGAGGAAGCUGUGGCCUGAGGCUGCCUUGGUGGAGGGCUCGUCUUCAGAGGAGGAGGCGGAGCACAUCGGGACAAAGCCCCACAGCCAGACUUUGGCGCACAUCAUAGAACUGGUGCAGGAGGCCCCCAGUUGCCUGGGUGGGAGGCCUCAUCAGACUGCUGUUGAGGAGCCGGCAGGGCCCGGGAGGGGUGGGGGAGAGGGGUGCCAUGCUGCUGCAGAGCUGGCCCGGGCUGUGGGGACUCCGGACCUAACCAAGAGGGACGGGGCCAGGGGCCAGGGGGAGGGCGUCGAGGCCGACUGGGCACAAGCAGCCGAAUCCUUUGACACGGUGGUGGCCUUUGCUGAGCGGCAGCCCUGCUUCACAGCACAGGAGCUAGGCCAGCUGCGUGCGCUGCACUCCAUGUUCACGAGGCAACGCCAGCUGGCACAGCAGCGUGGGGCCUUCCGGACCAUGGUCAAGCGUGAGGGCCCUCAUGAAUGCUCACCCCUGCCCUGCUCAUCCACAGAUGACAACUGAUGGCUGGCUGCAGGCCCCGGGCAAGGACUGUCCCAGCAGGCUUGGCGUAGGGAGGUGUGGUCUCUGUCACCCACAGUGGCUCGUUCCCAUGCAUCCCAGUUUCUCUGUGUUCCCUGUCAUGUCACACGUGCAUGAGAAGCUGUUCUGGAAGGUCUGACCCAUCCCAGAAUGCACUGCAUCUUUGGGGUGUCUGCAAUCCAGGGUCAGACUCACUCUAGUCUUAAGUUUGCCUUCUGUAUGUCGGGGGGGAGAAAUGCCAAGCUGCAGGGGAGACUCCUGGCAGUCCCUCUUGCCCCUGACACAGAUGUGGGGUUUCCUAGGGUGUCUCUCCAGCCUUUGGGGCACUCGGCCACUCAGCACAGCAUCUGCGUCAGCAUGGCCCCCACUCCCAGUUUCCAGGUAACCUGCUCACAUGUCCCCCCCCUCUUCAAGGCUGAUGCCACUCAGCAGAUGAGUCUCCACCCAGCAGAUGCCCCCAGGCUCACAUGGUGACUGCAUGCUAACUGGAGUGGUUUCCUGCGCCCAGGGAGGCCCGAGGGGGCACAGCCUGUAGUUGGCAUCUUUGCUGGGUGCCCAGCAACCAGUCCUCUCCCAUAUAUCCCAGAAUUCCCUAUUGCCAUUCGCAAGUCAGUCAGGCAUUCACAUGCUAUUCCUGGGUUUGCACGUAACCAACAGAAACUGCAAACGUAAGCUGCUUGGGAUUCUAGCACUUGAACUUGGUUUCUGGCCGUUUCCCUUUUGGUUGCACCUGCAGGGGACAUCGGCCACAUCACUGUUACUUUAAAGGCAGAGGCCAGUUUUGGGGAUGUAUUGCUGCUUCUUACUCCUUGCUGCUUAAUGGUGCUUGUCCAGCUGUCUGGUGUCUGUCUGGUGCCUGCAGCUGUGAAUACAGGACACUUGUGUUGUGGUGAA